AUGUCGCCCAACACUUCUCCCGCCGGUAAGCGCAAGCGCAGCGCUUCUCACCUACCCGCGCCUAUUACCAAGUCCAUUACAGCAGACCUCCAACCCUCCUCACGCGACGCGUCCGGCGAAGAAGGCGGCGAGGACUCAACCGGCACUCCCAAUGCUAAUGCCAAUGACACUUCCAAUGCUUCCCGCCAUCCAUCCAAGCGUGCCCGCAAGACCGCCGAUGCGGCAUCCCAGCCGGAUACCAACGGCACAGCCAUCAAUAAGGAGGACCCCGGCGAGCCCUCCGAGACAACCACGGCCAGCAGCGACAUUGAAGGUUCCCGGUCCAGACCCGGUCUGCACAUCGAUCUACCUGAAAAGGAGCCCGAGGCGCAGAUGGCCCCGCCGGUCGUCGGCCGUCUCCAGGAUCCCGUUGGCUACCACACUAACCCGCCGCCGACGGGGCGCCCAGUGCGCGUUUACGCUGACGGUGUUUUCGAUCUGUUCCAUCUUGGUCACAUGAGACAGCUCGAGCAGGCGAAGAAGGCUUUCCCGGAUACGUAUCUCAUCGUCGGCGUUACUGGUGAUGAGGAGACACAUCUUCGCAAGGGCCUGACGGUUCUCAGCGGCGCUGAGCGCGCGGAGACUAUCCGUCACUGCAAGUGGGUUGAUGAGGUUAUUCCUUGCUGCCCUUGGAUCGUUACCCCGGAGUUCCUCUCUGAGCACCAGAUCGACUACGUUGCUCACGACGAUCUUCCCUACGGCGCUGCUGAGGGCGACGACAUCUACGCCCCUAUCAAGGAGCAGGGCAAGUUCCUGGUCACUCAACGUACAGAGGGUGUCAGCACCACUGGUAUCAUUACACGUGUCGUCCGCGACUACGACCAAUACAUCUCCCGUCAAUUCAAGCGCGGCGCUUCCCGCCAGGAAUUGAACGUCUCCUGGCUGAAAAAGAACGAGCUCGAGAUCAAGCGCCACGUCGUCGAGCUGCGUGAUAACAUCCGCAACAACUGGACCAUGACCGGCCAAGAGCUCGGCCGUGAACUGCGCCAGAUCUGGCAGAACUCUCGCCCCAACAGCCCUGCGCCCAGCGCUCGCAACUCCAUGGAUUGGGGUGUCAACCGCGGUCCUCUCACCAGCCCCACUGGUGGCAGCAAGAGCCACUUGUCGCGCGUUGGCGUUGAUGUCCCUACUCGCCCCGACAGCCCCAUGGGCUCUCGCCGCAACGACGAUUUUGCAACCGGAUACAGUCUCGGUUUGGUUGGCGGUGUCCGUGCUUGGAUGGCCCGAAGCCGCCAAUCCCUCCAGGAACCCCCUAGCGGCAUGCACUCCCCCACAGAUGAGGACAUCGGGUCCCCGCAGAAUGGCUACGAGGAGGAAGUGCGCGGUCGUGCUGGCCACGCCGACCACCUCUCUGCCCAGUAG